UUUCACCUUGUUACUCACGUAGUUAUGAAAAUAACAUUAAACGGGCUGCUUCGUCUCUAUGGUAACAACGUUAGAAAGUCAUGAAAGAACCCACAGAAAAGGCUGAAGGGAGAACUAAAAAACAGGACAGACAUGGGGUGCACACUGUCUAUUAAAACUGACAAAUGUCCGUCACCGUUUGACCCUGACGUCUAUUUGAUACGCCAACCAUCAACACCUAUAGAGAAAAAAGUGCCACUAGAAAUCCGGAACAAGAUUUCCAACUCCACAAACCCCUGCGUCCGGCGAUCUCCGCAGCGGAAGUGGAUAAGGAGCGUUUCUGUCAUGGAUACUAGGUGUUCCCUUACAACACGUGACAAAUACCAGAUCAUCAAGUCCUGGAAGGCCAUUGCCAGAGAUCUACACUCCACAGGGGUUACCAUGUUUCUUCGAAUGUUUCAAGAGAAUGACGACUUACGUAAAUUCUUUAAGUUUGGCGACUACAAAGAAUCUUCCGACCUACUACAGAACAAAAUUUUCCUGAACCACGUGACUUUAGUGAUGCAUACUUUUGACGAGGCCAUUUGUUCAAUGGGCGACACCGACUACGUAAUGGAGAUGUUGCGAGGAGUGGGGAAAUCUCAUAGGCGGCUACCAGAGUUUAACUUUAUGAUAUUCAGUAGAAUAGAGGAACCGUUUUUGAUUGCGGUGAAGGAGACUCUAGGAGAUCGUUAUUCAGCAAAUAUGGACAAUAUCUAUCGAAAAACUGUAAAGUUUAUCAUACGAGAACUCUCGCAAGGAUUUAACGAUGCCCCCAAAGCCAUAGACUAAUGUGAUCAUAGUUUUCAUACACAAGUGCCAUUUAAACGUGUAAAUAAAAGUAUUGUGCAUAUUCUGACAAUGUUUUAGCUCAGAUGAGUUUAGCGUAUUUUUAUGAUUAUUUAUUGUUAUUUAUACAGAAAUAGCAUGUGUGUCUUUUUUGGAGUCUGAAAGAAUACAA